AUGGCUGUCGUACACGCGGGUCCAAAUGACUCCUGGCAUGGGGUUAUCAAGUCUGGGAGCCAGUUCCCCCCGGAAGCUGGCCGCUAUCAUCUUUAUGUUGGUCUCUUCUGUCCAUUUGCGCACCGUGCCCUCUUAGUGCGGCAUCUCAUGGGACUGGAGUCUCUCAUUGAUGUAUCGGUCGUGAUGCCGUAUCCAAAGGGCGAUGACCGUGGAUGGCCUGGCUGGCGAUUCCCUGCCUCCGACGACGACUACGCCGGAGCAACCGUGGAUAAACUCUUUGCCUCCGAUUAUAUGCAUGAUAUCUAUUUUAAAGACGACUCUGAGUACAAAGGAAAAUAUAGCGUCCCUGUCCUGUGGGAUAGAAAAGAGGGAAGAAUUGUCAACAAUGAGAGCGCAGAGUUGCUUCGCUGGCUCCCAACUGCUUUUGAUGAUGUAUUGCGACAAGAUGGACGAGAGUCUCAGCUUGAUCUCUACCCAACGCAUCUGAGAAGCGAAAUCGACGCAAUUACUGAGUGGAUGCAGAGGGACCUAAACUCGGGCGUGUACAAGGCCGGAUUAGCAGAGACCCAGGAAGCCUACAAUCGGGGCGUGGUCACUGUUUUUGCUGCCUUGAACCACCUGGAGAGCCUCAUACAUCGCAACGGUGGACCAUACAUCCUAGGAAAAUAUCUCACCGAACUCGAUAUCCGAGCGUACGCGACGAUUAUAAGAUUCGACGCAAUCUAUGUUCAGCAUUUCAAGUGCAACCUUGGAACGAUUCGCGCAAAUUACCCGGUUAUCCACGAAUGGCUGAAGAAUUUAUACUGGAAUGUGAAGGGAUUCAAAGAGACAACGGAUUUUAAACAUAUAAAAGAAAAUUAUUCAAAGAGUCAGGCAAAGAUCAACCCGCUAGCGAUUACUCCCAUGGGGCCGUUUCCUGAUGUGGAGGAUGGCAUUGACUUGAACUUUGCCCAGCUUAAACCGGGAUCUGUGAGGUAUCCGAUUGUGCUUGAGAGACAAGCCGAGUUAUAUAAUUAG